UUUACGCAUCUUAUGGCUCGCAAUCAAUGUCUCGCCGUCCACACCUUCCACAUUUUGUGUUUCCCGUUUUCGGAACUGUGACUCAUGGUGCUCAGACUCCGGAGUAAAGUAAAUGUGCCAACGAAGGACAAUGAUGCCACAAACACGGUCCACUGGCAGAGUCCACGGAAUGCACCGCAGCUAUGUGGCGAAAGUUAUAUUUGUUCUUUUGAUAUACUUACAUGGCCUGUGGCAAGCGCUUCUCAAAUAUGUGGACCCAGGCAUCCGAGCACUAUAUAUUUCGUGUCGGCAGUGUCUCUCUUCUCUCCAUCACUUUGCAUCUCUCCAUAUACUCACCUAUCUUCUACUGUAAAUACUCAUGCCUAACAACGUCCCUAAUCUCUAUCGUUGGGGAGUCUUUAGAAGACUGGCUAAUCGUCUCGAGUCUCUGGACCGUUUUCUGGAAGCCAUGAGUGAGAUGAUGAAGUUUAGUGAUGCGGAAGACCGCCAAAUUCGCCACUACGGCCGUAAGAUCAUCUCUCUUACGGAGAUUGCAUACGCCACUAUGAAUUCAAGUAAUAUUGGCGCGACCCUGCUCGUGAUUUGUUCAGAGGAACAAGUGCCGUACAAAGCGGCAUUUUUUAAAAUGCUUGUCUUGAUCAGGCGCCGGAGGUCGGCGUUCCCUGCUUACUUGAACACUCGCAUCAGUGCGCUCUUGGAUUAUUCCAUAGAGCAUAACAUGGUGCUACGGACCAGAGGAAUCGAUCCACGUGUCCAAUUGGGCAUCAAGGAGUUGAUAAUCGUCAGGAAACCACGAGCGGCUCGUCAAAGCACCAUCGAGGCUGUAACCCCUGUCUCGUCGGCACGGGGAUCAUCUGCCGGCUCUUUAAAAACACCCAACGAGCCACUUGGUGCCUGUCUGCGCGCGACUGUCGAACGAGAGACCGACGCUUUGGAGUUGGCACUAGCAAAAGUUGAUUUUCUUCUUGAAGCCUUAGCUGGACUAAUGGCUACCGUAUUGUACUUGAAAUCAUGACCUUUUUG